AUGAGUGAACCAAUGGUGUCGCAUAUGAAGGCUGCAAGAAGAAUCCUGAGAUACUUAAAAGGAUCGAUAAACUAUGGAAUUCUAUUUAGACGAGACUCUGGAAGCAAAAAAUAUAUGGUUACUUGUUAUUCAGAUGCUGAUUGGUGUGGAGAUAAGAAAGAUCGAAGAGGCACAACUGGUUAUUUCUUUCAAGUAUUUGGCACCCCAAUCUCAUGGCUCUCGAGAAAGCAACAUGUGAUGACAUUGCCAUCGUGUGAGGAUGAAUAUAUAGCAGGAUCCUAUGCUGCAUUUCAAGCAAUCUGGAUUAGAUAUGUGCUGGAAGAGAUUGAGGUCAAAGUGAAGAAACCUCCAGUGCUGCAAAUCGACAGCAAGUCAACCAUAAAUCUUCCAAAGAAUCCAGUUUUGCAUGGAAGGAAUAAGCUUAUUGAAGCUAGAUUUCACUUCUUAAGGGAGAAGGUAAAUCGAGGUGCACCAUUGCUCAAGUGA